CUGGCUCCCUCCCGCUGGCGUACUACAGCACACGGAGUCAGCUCUCAAAAGAUCGAGGGAGUAGCUUCGUUCCAACAAAGCGAGAGGUGGGCCACAACAUGGCCAAGGGGCAUAACCAUCCUUUGGCGCAGCCCAUCCAGUCGUCGGUGCUCCUGACUCCUUGGAAGACGAGCUCGGCACCCUCUCCAAAGAGUUUAUGCCUGAUUUUCAGUGUGACGCUGUUCACGCCAAUCUUGCGUAUGACUUCAUGUCUCUUGCCGUAUCUGCCCGUGAUCCUGGCCAGGCCCUCGUCUACACCCUGCUCGGCAGUCUCCUCAACGGCCUUUUCCAUGAUGGUGACGGCAGAGACCCCCAGGGCGUCGAGUCCAAAGUGGGAAACUCCUGCAAGAGCAAGAUCCCGCUUGCGGACAUUCGGGAGGGUGAAGGGUGUGUUGUCACCCCAUGGGGACAGGUAAAAGGGAAUUCUGGCUGUAGAUUCCACGGACUGCCAGGAAGCGCGGCCAAUCCUGGCAAUCAUCAUGUUUCCAAAAAACCGUUUAAUACUGCUGCUUGUCUUUUCAUCCUGAUCCAAGUGGUCCUGGUUGUGCUCAGGAGAGGAUAGCUGGUUCGACGAGACGCCGUCCAGGCUCAUGUUUCCCAUGGGCUCUGAGGGCUUCUCGAGCGGUGGCCCAGGACUGGGCGCUUUGGAUGAGGCCAUCGUUUCUGCUCCAAGGGGUUGUGAUAUCUUGGAGCAUCUAGACUGGGGCUGCAGAGUUGAAGAGUCGAGAAUGCAACGUGUCGUUCAUGAAGCGGUGGAAACGGGACGACGACCAGGGCCACGACAUUAUGUCACCGAUUGCAGGGACAAGCGAACGCGCCCGUUACAAGCACAAGCAUGUAUUUGUUCUGGUUUACGAGAUGUGACCACGGCAAUCGCAUCUACUGCAUGGGGAGGAAUCUGGAGUGUUUCUGCCCACCUGGGCACUUCAGCAGACAAGGCCAAGUCCACGCCCGUCCGAUAUCUGCUCUUAGACUUCCCAACGAGUUUCGUGCUUGGGAGACGGGAGACACCAGCCAUGUGGUAUCUGGGUAGGGCUGAAGGCCAAGCUUUGCGGGAGUCGGAAGGCCUAGACGACCUCCCCCUCAGCCCCCCCAGGUAGGCAGACCCCUGAGCCAGGUCGCCAAGGCCGCCCUAAUCCACCAAUAACGCCGCCAUCGAUUACUGAAAUUUUUCCUACCCCGCCCCCACCAUGGAUUCACGCGACAUUGCGACCCAGAGCUUCAUCACGGGCGCGUUCCUCGACCGGCUUUCAGGACGAGGCACACACCACAGGGCCCAACCCAAAGCGCCAUGGCCAACGAACUCAAGGCAGCGCCGGUGCUCUCCACCCCAGACGAUCAUCUCUUCGAGUAUCAGGAACCAGUAGCCGACGCUCGCGGCCCGAGGUCAGACGACGAGAUUCGAGAAACAUACGAAGUCGCACGAGUUGCCCGAGAGGUCCGCCAUGGCACCUACAGGCGGAUCGCCCUUCAGUUCCCCGAUCACAUGCUGGGCGAUGCCCCAAAGGUCGUGGCAUUGUUGCAACAAGAGUUGGAUUCUACACCGCAAGCCGGAGAGGACGGCGGCGACAAGGAAUCCUCGGGCGGCAAGGACCAACAGCAGGAAAAGAUAUACAUCCUUGCAGACACCUCUUACAGCUCAUGCUGUGUCGAUGAGAUAGCCGCCGAGCACGUCGAUGCCCACGUCGUCGUUCAUUUUGGCCGCUCCUGCCUGUCACCAACCUCGAGGCUGCCCGUCAUCUACGUUUUCACCAAACAUGCCCUCGACCUCGAUGACGCCCUGCAGUCCCUCGAGUCUGAGCUCCCGGAUAAGGAAUCCAAGAUUGUCCUGAUGGCAGACGUUGCGUACCAGGACCAUGUGCCCGAACUGUAUCGACGCGCCCGGGAACGAGGUUACAAGGAGCUGCUUUCUACCAGCAUACAGCGCGAUCCUUUGGGUCCCAUACCGAACCGAAUGAUCCUAGACUCGGAAGAUACCCAGGUGGUCGUUGAUGAGACGUCCGGAAUCGACCUGAAGCAGUACUCCAUAUUCCACGUCUCAUCACCGCCAACCGCCCUGCUCUUGGCACUUUCUUCCCGCGUGGCCUCUCUACACAUCUACUCGACACCCGACUCUCCGUCCUCGUACUACUCUCCCGCCCGAACGACCCGCGCCCUACUCGGCCGCCGAUAUGCGAAGCUGCUGAACCUUACCACCGCCGGAAUAAUAGGCAUCCUGGUCAACACGCUGUCAGUGGCCAACUACCUGUCUUCAAUCGAUGCGAUAAGGAAGCAGAUUGCCGCCGCGGGCAAGAAGAGCUACACCGUCGUCGUGGGCAAGCUCAACUCGGCCAAGCUGGCCAACUUCGCCGAGAUGGACGGCUGGGUGGUCGUCGGUUGCUGGGAGAGCAGCCUCGUGGAGGAGGACGCGGGAUUCUACAGGCCAGUCCUGACACCUUUUGAGCUGGAAGUGGCUCUCAUGCCGGAUGAGGAACGCGUCUGGGGACUGAGCUGGUGGGGUGGUAUUGAAAAUGUAAAGGCCGUCGAAGAGAAGCCUGAAGGCACAGGGCAGGACAAGACGGAUGGCAAGGACAAAGGGGACGGUGAACCAGGCUUGGACACGGACGACAGCGAGGACGAUGUACCGGUGUUCGACCUCCGCACGGGCAGGCUCGUGUCCAAUGCUCGGCCUAUGCGUGCGGCGGCUCGCGCGGCUCGCGAAGCCAAGGACGACACGGAAAACGAGAAUGACAAGGCCCCAGCAACUGCCAAGCAAUCAGAUGCGCUGGCCAUGCGAGCGAAAUCGGAAUUGGCAACUAUCAACGGCGUGUUUAGCCCUGGCGCAGAAUACCUACGAUCGCAGAGGACAUGGCAAGGACUUGGCACUGAUUUCGAAGACGAGAAAAGUGCCCCCAUCGAGGAAGGGAGGAGCGGCGUGGCCAGAGGUUACACGGUUGGUCAGGACGACGAAAGAAGAUGACAACCGAGACUCGCGUGCAUGCGACCCCUCUCUCGACUUCGAAGUCACCAACAGCGGCAAUAGAGUGCAACAGCGGCAAUAAAGUGAAACGGUGCCAGUCAUUUCUUUCAAUACGGAUACCCAAAAGCUAUAAAAUUGGAACGAGACUUCCUGCUUCACUACUUAGAAGCGCACGUUGAAGUUCUUAUUAAUCCCUCGUCUACAACUUGUCAUCCCUCUGGAUCUCCGACUGCUCGGCGACGGGGUGGGGCUUCUCAUCCCGCGAGCCGAUGCCGUCUUCAAGAGAAGGGGCCUUGUGGUCGGUGACGCCGAAAAGCUCGUCCAUGGCCUCCAGCGAUAGACCCUUGGUCUCAGGCACCAGGAACCAGACGAAGAAGAACAUGGAGAAGCAGAAGCUGCCGAAAAUGAGAUAUGUGCUGUAUUCACAAGCCCUGUUAGAAGUGGUUUCUUGCAAUCGCAGGGAUCUGGAGGCGGGGGCGCAACUCACCCAUAGCCGUGCUCGCCGACGGUCACGAGCAUGCUUGGCACGGCUCGGGCGACGACAAAGUUGAAGAGCCACUGGGUCGCCGCAGCAUAUGAGACAUUCAUGGAUCGGAGACGGGCAGUCGGGAUCUCGGAGGCAUAGAUCCAGCAUGCUGGGCCCCAGCCGAACUGGAAGAACCUGCGGCGCGGUGAUUAGUCUGCGCGCUCCUGCGUAGCAAUUUUGUCAGGGGACCGGGGAGGGGCCGGCUACUUACAUGGCAAAGACGAAGAUGCAGACCAGCGCGACGUAACCUGCAGGGGGCACGGCUUGGCCUUCGACCGGUGGCGAUAUCCGGACGUACAGGCCGAUGUAGAACAUACAGACACCUUGGGCGAUGGAGCUCAUCAGCAGCGACCGCCUGCGGCCGAACGAGUCCGCGAGGAACAGCAAGAAGCAAAUGCAGCUCAAGACCUUGACGAUGCCGUAGAUACCAGUGCUGAAGAGACUGGUCGACGUGCCUGUGAUACCGAGGUUCUUGAAGAUGGUCGGGGCGUAUGUGUUGAUGGCGUUGGUACCCGUCAUCUGUUGGCAGAUCAUGAGGCCGAUGCUGAUGAGAGCGCGGUUGCGGUUGCCCUUGAUGGUCCACAUCUCCCUGUGCAGGUUCGCAGCCGUCGCGUCACCGAUGAGGCGGCGCUCGUGCUCGAGCUGUUCGACGAUCUCGGUGAACUCCUCCUCGAGAUAGGGGUGCGAGGUGUCGAGGUUGCGCAAAUGCGCCAGCACAUUCUUGCUCUCCUCCCAGCGGUCUUGGCGGGCGAGCCAGCGGGGGGACUCGUUGCAGAGGAGCAUGCAGAAGCAGAGCAGCAGGGCCGGGAGCGCCUGGAUCGCAAGCGGGAAUAUGUACAUGACCUUGCCCGACAUGUGGACGUUGACCGAGUAGUUGAUCCAGAAAGCGAUCAUGCCGCCAGUCACGAUGAAGAGCUGGUACAUGCCCGUCAACAGGCCCCUGAUGGCACGCGGCGCGUUCUCGCUCACGUACAGUGGGUUGAUUGCUGAGGCGGCACCGACUCCGAGACCAGCGAUGAACCGGCCGAUAUACAUGGCCGCCAGAUGUCCGCUCGCAGCAGCCUGCAUGAUCACUCCGAGGAGGACGAUGAAGGACAGACCGAUGAGGCACCACUUGCGACCGUACUUGUCGGUCAGAGGGCUGGCGGCGAGAGCACCGACGAAACAACCGGCUUGCAGGGUGGAGACGAUGUUUGCGGACAGGUUGGCUGAGGCUGGACUCUUGGGGUCACCAAGGUUGUAGUCCUUGAUGAAGGGAUCCAUCACGAUGACACCACCAAUCACGGACGAGUCCCAACCGAAGGACAUGGCGCCGAAGCAGGCUGAGAAGGCCAGUAGAUAUACGCGCCAUCCAUAGAUCUCAGGCGGGUCAUGGGCCAUAGCCUCAUUCUUGACGAUCUUUUGCAGUAUCUUGACUCCGAUAGACAUCCUGGCGGCGGUGGGCAGCGAGCUGCCGCGGGUCGGUCUGGAAGGAGGUUGCGUCUGUGUGACCGAGGUGAGGGGUUGGAUACACGUCUCAAUCGACAAGAUAUCUGACCAAUAAAGGCUGGAUUACGACCCGAACUCUCCCACUGGUCGGAGUGAGAAGAAAAAGAGAAGUCUAACGACAGGAAAUCGGGGAGCGGUCCAAAUUUCGAGACAACAUGCAGCCGGAGAUGCGAGGUCUCAUAUAGCCACGCGUGUGAGAGUGGGCGUGCCUAGCUCGCUUCGGUGAAUAAGGUGUCUAACCUGCACUAGAUACCACCUUAGAGCCUGGCCACCCCACGAUGCAUCCGGAUGAAUUGGGUGCCCAGUGCUUGGGAGUCGAGCAGCAAGGUGGUCCCGGGGGCCGCCCCAGCCAGCUUCCCCACACGGCCCCAGGCCCCCAUCACGCCGCCAUCCGAGGCCGUUGGAGGGCGGCAGAGGCUUCAUCCUCAAGGCUCACCACGCAAAAGCUUGUCCUCGUUCCAAGACGGCUGGCUGAUUUCCCACCAAGGAGGUUGAAUGUUACCCCAGCUGAGGUCCCCAUUUCGGGGCAAGUCUUAAGCCACCUUGGCGUCGUUGGACGAGGCGGAGACGCAGCUGGGUGUUUGGCCAGAGCCACGCGCUGCCCUAAGGACGAGGAGGAUCGGGGAGGCGUCAAGAUCCCAAGGGCCAACUGAGCGCGCUUCUGUGAUCAGAUGGCAUGAUUUCCCGGGGUUACGGUGAUCAGCCAUGCUGAUUCCUGUUGUUCUCCUCAGCGGUACAGAUUAUACCCUUGGCAGCAGUCGGACAGGACACUAGAUCAGGGUCGAAACGGGCCAUACACCCGGCUGGCUUGCCAAUCAGGCGACUUUAGCCGGAGGGUUGCCAGUAAGCGUUGUUGGGGUCUAGAAACUUGGCAGACAUGGACCCCUGGUCUCCGCACAUCUCAUUCUCCAAUCCGGGGCAGAUCUGGGGAAGUGGAUCGCUUCUCCGCAUAUUGAUCCUCUUGUCUUUUUUUUCGCUGCAGUCUCUGCCUCGGAAAAAGGGGCCGGAAAAGUGAUAGGACAAAUAGAAGGUAGUAAUGCUGAUAAGGUUUUCC